UCAGGAGUUCAGGCGGUUCAGGCCUUGUCUUUUCGGUUUUUUUUUUCCAUCCUAGUCCGUCCAGUCUUUCUCUUUCCCCUCAAUUCAUGUUUUUUUAGCUCAAGUUAUAUGUGCUUUUGCAAGUGAUUCCUGGUGGCUCUGUAACUUCAAGCUCAACUAGACAGGAGAAAGAAAAAAAUGUUUCUGAGCGACAGGAUUUCUUCUAUUGAUGGUAAAGUUUCUUGCAAAAUUGGAAGCUGACCCUGAUUGUCGCAGCAGACCAUCCACUCAUAAGCACAAGUAAUACCUACUGAAACUAGCAACCAUUCUUAGUUAGCCUAGUCUACCAACAAAAAUUCAACAUGGAUUUGCAAAGCACACCUCGAGCCCGCAACCCAGCAUCCAAAUCUAGGUAUCUGUCCCUUCGGAAAUCUGAGAAAGACAAGUAUCAAUCGUCCCCCGAUGAUAUGGGGACACCAAACAAGACAGUCCACUUCCAUGUUCAGAUCCAGUCCCCUAAUCUGAAGCAGAGUGAUUUCAAUGUAGACGUCACAUUUUCACCACAGCAACAAAAUAAUGUCUUCAGUCCCUUGCCUCUCUACAAAACGCCUUCUUCUGAUGAAAAGGAACUCAUUCCCUUUAAUCCUUUCAACCAAGGCCUCCAUGAGAGAUUAACAAGGUCUAUCUUAAGUCCAUCUGUAUUUUCAACCAUUCGGAAUCCUCCGAAAACUAAGGAGACUGAAUUUCGAUGGAGCAUAGAGGAUGUUGCCCGGAUAAAGCCUGCUAAUAUCGAAGAGAAUUUUGAUUAUGAAGAUCAAAUGGAUCCAGAAGCUGAGUCUCAAGCCCAAGAAGCAAUCGAAAGAUUCUUUUCCGAUACCCAGUUUGCUCCUAGUCCAAGCCCAAUUGUUAAUGAUUUACCUCUAACGCAAAAUUCAACCACAUCUUUGAAAACGCCAUGCUCAUCAGCACCAUCUGCUGUCUCCUCAACGCCUCGCCGAGACUCUACAAGGAGCACGAAAAAAACCGUUGAUGCUUCCGUGCAGACAGGUUUAAGUUUACCUCCUGAGCUUCCAGAGGAAGUUGAAGCUGUACUAUCUCGCUAUUUCAUCCAACCAGAAUCUAGUAAUGAUGAUAGUCUUAGCACGUCAUCCAUGAGACGAAAACUCUUCUUUCAAUGUGAGGAUGAGCCUCCGUCACCAGUAAAACCUGCUCCAACAGUAGACCUCAGUCCUGUCACAAGUGGAUUAGCGUCCAGUCCGUCAUUCCAGCAAUAUUUUCCCUCCACACCGAUCAUCACUUCAAGAACCGCUGGCACACCCAACUCUCACCUGUCGUCUCCUGGGUGCUCACCCAUCUCAUACAAUUGCAGUGGAUUGACAUCUCCGAACACCACAGCCGGAUCAAAAGCAUCAGUACGACUAGACUUCAGUAUUGCAAAUAAAGAAAAUGUGCCGAUGGAUGUAUCGUCAGAUAAUGCCCAAGAUAGUCUAAUUAAAAUUAAAGCAUCUCACUCGGUUAUUCAAGAAUCUAGUAGCUACAGAAUGAGUUACAUUGAGGAUAGUGGUAAUGCCAACUUCAGCCUCAUCAAAAUCAACAACGAAGCAGAAGAACCUAAACCGAGCAUGAAACCUUUUGCUAAAGUUAACAACAUGGAAUACAUGAAUUCAACGUCUGUGCUGAUCAACAACGAAGGAGAUGAACCGAAACUGAGCAUGAAACCUUUUGCCAAAGUGACAAACAAGGAAUAUAUGAAUUCAACGUCUGUGCUGAUGCCUGUUGAUUCUGCUGACAAUACAGAAAUCCUUUCGCAGAAAACAAAUGGAAAUUACAUGUGGCAGAUAUCAGCAGUAUCCAAAACCAGCUCUUCGGAAGAUACUGGUUAUCAGAGUAGGUCAUGUUUCAACAGUAAUAGCGAAUCAUUGGAUAGCCCCUUACUGUCAGGCGAUAGUCAGAACUGCAAUGACUCGAUCUCAAUGGAACUGCCAGCAAAGAGAUAUUUCUCAGAUCAGUAUCAUUUUAAAGUUCAGUCUGAAAAAGGCAAAGAAACAGUGUCUGUUUCAAUGUCGUGUGAUUCAAUAACUGAUUCUUAGUAUUUAGUACUAGAUCGAACAAUCUUUAGUUAAUACGAAUCUCAUUAGAUCUCAUUUGUUGGUAACAGGAGGAGAAUUGAAAAACAAAUUUCUCGCCAGCUACUAUUUUACCAAAUACGUACAUGAUUUUAUCUUCUCUCUGUUCAAAGAAGUCAAUUUUAUCAUUUGAUUGAGACCCAUACCCUCUUUUUGAGAUUAUACUAACCACAAGAAUUUAUGCGCUUUGGAUAGAUCUUCCAGAGAAUUUUAUGAUUUUUUACCGAUUUUAACAUCAGUCCCCUACUUGCGGAUUGUUUAUCAUUAAUUUGCUACUAUCCAUGACUUAACUCUGAAUUUCCUCAGUAGUUGAAAAUUGUGUUCUUAUUUCUUUCUUCUCUCUUCUUUCUGUGUUACAUUGUUUAGCUCAUGUUUUGUUAUUGUUUUUCCUCAAUCAUUUUACUUGCCAUUUUCCGUAUAUUAGGUAAUUUUAUUUUUCCCCGUGCAUUCAGUUUGCCCGGUGAGCAGAGGUCAUCUCAAUAUGCCCUCUUCCUGUGUUAUGGUAUUUUUCUUCCCAAACAUUUGAAGAGGAAAAUACGUCACUCAUGUAUCAUAUUUUAGAAAUUAAGGGACAUGUAAUGCACAUUCUGUCACACAAAAAAGUUAGGGAAGAAAAAUAAUUUAUUUAUAAUAAGAAUCCAGAACAUCCAAAUAUGGGCUGAAAAAAUAGGUAACCUUUUCCCCCUUGAUUUCUGAGAGUAAAACUUGGAAAUUUUUGGUCUAAGUUCAGUUUUAAAAAUUUCAAUCUGGGGCAUUAUUAAUUUCACAGUUGUGAAGUAUUUUGUACUUAUCAUUCUUAAAUUGUACAAUCUUUUUUUAUUCGACUUAUUAAAUAUCUACUCAUUAAUCAUGAAAUUUAAAAUGCUGAAAAUUCAGGGUAAAAUUGAUAGUAAUAACUUGAAGUAUCAAAAGAUGUACUGAUGGUAUCUUGAUAAGUUAUUAAUGCUUGCAACAAGUAAGACAUUUUUCUAAAGGGGGAAAAAAGCAACUUUGCGCCAAAGCUUUGAUUGAGAAUUUAUUUAAAAUGUCUUUUAUCUAAAUCCAGAACAAUUUAAAGUAUUGUAUCCUCAGAAAAUCAAAAUUCCCAGCCAAUUUUAACAAUGAGUUUAUAAUCUUUCUUAUAUGUAGCAUCUUGAAGGCUUCAUAAUAAUUACAUUUUCAGUUUUGAAUAAUUUUAUCACCAUGCUUGCUGUAAAAUAUAUUCUUCCAUCUUGUGGAAUCAAGUAUUGUAGGUGAUCAGUGUAAAUUUCUUUAGGUAUCAGAAAUGUCCUAUAAUCCUGAUUGGCACAAUUUAGGUACUCCAGAUGUUGUGAUGUGAAUGAAAUGCGUCUAAUGUGUAUGGUUGAACCGAUCCAUGCAAGACAUGGAAUCUAGUUGACAUGUCUUUAGCACAUGGUCCCUUUCCAGUAUUUUUUUCUUUUUUAAAGAUAAAUUGUCAUUUUAAUACUCACAUGUUUCUAGAUUAAGAUAAGUGAGCAUCAUCAAAGAAUCUUUUCUUCAGUGCUGUGAGCUGCUCAUUCAUCAAUCAUGUACCUCGAGACAACACUAAUUUAUUAUUUGGUGCUAUGUACUCAGAAUUGUGUUUUGUCAUAAGUUAGUUGAUUAUAGUGUACAUUUUGUUUGUUUUUAUCAUCCAUGUACGGUCCUGUUGUGCAGAAUUAGAUUCAAAUUCUAUGGCAGUGGGGAAACAAUUAUUCCCACAAAUAUUUAGUUUAUUUCAUUGGGAAAACAAAUGAUCGUGUAUUGAAAGAAAACCCAAAUUGUUAAACUAAAGAAUUUGAAGGGUAUUCUAAUCUGGUGAAACUUUCUUGUAUAUAAUUUGCCAUUCAAA